AUGAUGCUGUGGGCUUUCCAAAUGAACUUGGCCUGGAGGCCAUUUGGGCAUCUCUUGAUCAUUGCAGUUCUCCAGCUUCUGACAUCAGGUCACCCCUCCUUAGGUCUAUUUUCAACUCUGACACCACCACUCUACCUGGAAAUAAAUGGUGAAAGAAAGACCCUGAUUGUAUGUUUGGUGAAUGACUUCUCGGAGGACUCACUGGGAGUCACGUGGUUUUCCAAUGGAAACGGGAGCAUGUUGGACGCUUAUACUUAUGGCAUUUUCAAGGAAGAAGAUGGCUCUUUCAGCACAAUCUCACAAAUUUCCAUACCCAGCAAAGAAUUUGAAUCAUGGAAUAUUGUCAUUUGCUCGGUUGCACAAAAUCAAAACUCAAGAAUAUGGAACACUACCUCUCUACAAAUCUCUGCAGUGGAGGAACAGAUGUUGUCCAUUGAAAUUCUGCAUAAUCGCACACAAGAAUUACAUCUUCUGGCCAUCAGAACUUUGCUAUUCAAGUUCCUAAUGUUUAAUGUGCUGAUGACCUGCUGCAUUCUUUACAAAAGAUAA